AUGGGCGUCCUCCCGCUCGAGUCCGUCAUCGGCUUCGACGGCAAGGUGAACGGCGGGCUGGUGCUGCACCCCGACGGCCGGACGCUGAUUUACCCGCUCGGCGCGACCGUCGUGGUGAAGGAGCUCGGCGACACGUUCGCGCAAACCUUCCUCCAGGGCCACACCGAUGAGGUUUCGUGCCUGACCGUCUCCCCCGACGGCCGCUUCCUCGCCUCCGGUCAGCUCUCGUUCAUGGGCUUCAGCGCGGACAUAAUCGUCUGGGAUAUGGAGACAAGGAAGGCUGUGCACCGCAUGUCUCUGCACAAGGUGAAGGUGCAGGACCUGGCGUUUUCGCCAUGUGGAACCUACCUGGCGUCCCUCGGCGGCCAGGACGACAACUCGCUGGUCAUCUGGGACGUCCACAGCGGCAACGCGAUAUGCGGAACCCCCGUGCCGGGCCUGACCAAGUGCCUGAGCUAUUUCAACGUGGACAGCUACAAGCUGGCGACGGGCGGGGGGCAGUCGCUCGUGGUCUGGGACUUCGACAAGCCCAAUCGCAAGCUGAGGCCCCACAAGGUGAACAUGGGCAGCCUCAGGCGCAACGCCGAGUACAUCACCGUGGACGAUAACGACCAGCAGAUGUUUGUGGGCACAUCCUCCGGCGACGUCCUUAAGAUCGCCCUCGGCGCGUGCGUGUACAGGCAGAGCGGCCCGUACAAGUCUCUGGUUCCCAAGGGUGUCGCCACCAACGCCAUAUCCCCCACCGGCGACAUCGUGGUGGGCGGCGGCGACGGGAGCGUCAGCGUGCUGGACCGCGAGAGCAUGAAGAUCAUCGCGGUCACCAAGCUGGCGAGCGGCGUCACCAGCUGCGUCGUCGCGCCCGGCGUGCACAAGGAUGGCGGCUUUGGCCUCUACUGCGGCACCGACUCGUGCAACAUCUACUACCUCAAGUACUCGCCGACGCAGGGGUUCCUGUCGGAGCUCGUGCAGACCUGCCACUCCCAGGCGGUCAACGACGUCGCCUUUCCCAAGGGUUACAGCGAGGUGUUCGCCACCGCCGGCUCCUCCGACGUGCGGGUCUGGCACGUCUCCGAGGCGAGGGAGCUCCUUCGCGUCUCGUGCCCCAACGUUGAGUGCAAGUGCGUUUCGUUCAUGCCCGACGGCGGCAGCAUCUUGUCCGGCUGGUCCGACGGCAAGAUCCGCGUGUUCGCCCCGCAGACCGGCCGCUUGAUGUACACCAUCCACGACGCCCACAAGGAGGUGUCGGCGAUCGUCGGCAGCUCGUGCGGGGGGAAGAUUGUCUCUGGAGGCAUCGAGGGGUUUGUCCGCGUGUGGCGCAUCGGACCCCAGUCGCAAACGAUGCUGGCGUCCAUGAAGGAGCAUAAGGGUCCCGUGAACUCCCUCGCACUCCGCGCCAACGACAGCGAGUGCGUCAGCGCCUGCUCCGACGGCAGCGCCAUCAUCUGGGACCUCGCCACCUUCCACCGCCGCGGCGAGCUCACCGCAAACACCUUCUUCAAGGCUUGCGCGUAUCAUCCCGACGAGUCCCAGAUCGUGACCACCGGCACCGAUCGCAAGGUUUCGUGGUGGGAGGCUUUCGAUGGGAGCGCGAUCCGCGUCGUUGACGGCUCCGAGACGGCCGAAAUCAACUCUUUGGACGUUUCAAGCGACGGGACGCAGGUGGUCACCGGCGGCGGCGACAAGGAUGUCAAGGUUUGGGGGUACGACGAGGGUGCGUGCUUCCACGUCGGGAAGGGCCACAGCGGCGCCAUCACCAAGGUCAAGUUCACGCCUGACGGCCAGAAGAUCAUCACUGUCGGAUCCGAGGGUGCCAUCUUCAUCUGGCAGAAUAUGCCACUGGAGUAAGGUGGCGUGGGGAGCCGGGUGGAUAUCAGUUUGCGACGAGGAGGUUGGUGUACUUAGCGCUUCGAAUGUUGGAAUACUACUCUUGAGUAACUACUGC